UAUCAAGUGCGUGGUCGUGGAAAGGGGGAGGGACAGGCGAUCUCACUCGUGCAAAUACUAAUCUUUUCCGUUACCUGCCCGUGGUGCCCAGUUCAUUUUUAAUUUGUGUAGACAGCUUUUGAAUGCCCCUUGUGGUGGAUUUUUUUAUUUAGACCUGGCAACCAUGGUUUGGUGAAACUGAGCCAAAACUUCACUGCUUCAGAUCUUGGACUGCGUUUUCUACCAUCUAUGGCUUGGUGCCUGGGGGACAUGAGAAAAUGGCCUUGAGUUUGCUCCGGCAGACGCGGUGUUUGUGUACGCUGUCCCGUACUGUCCUUGCCUUCCAGAGCCGUAUUGGCAAGAGAAGCUACGCGGAAAGAGUAGACAUACGCGGCGGCUCACUUGAGCCGGUGGUGUCGGCCUUCUGUGCGGUGGUUGGAGAUGACGGCGUUUCGCUGGGCGCCACGGUCAGGGAGCAGCACGGGAAGGAUGAGUCGGUGCACAGCUGCCGGCUGCCAGACGUGGUGGUGUGGCCCCGCAGCGUUGAGGAGGUCAGCGCCCUCGCCAAGAUCUGCCACCACCACCGCCUUCCCAUCAUCCCCUUUGGGACCGGCACCGGCCUGGAGGGGGGAGUCAAUGCCAUGAAGGGUGGUGUGUGUUUCAGCCUGAGGAAGAUGGACCGUGUUCUGGACCUUCACCAGGAGGACUUUGACGUGUCGGUAGAACCGGGUGUGACCCGUAAGGCCCUCAACACCUACCUGCGUGACACGGGCCUGUGGUUCCCUGUGGACCCAGGUGCUGAUGCGUCACUGUGCGGAAUGGCUGCCACCAGUGCAUCGGGCACGAAUGCGGUGCGGUACGGCACCAUGCGCGAGAACGUGCUCAACCUGGAGGUGGUUCUGGCGGACGGCACCAUCAUCCACACUGCAGGCAGGGGCCGGCGACCCAGGAAGACGGCUGCCGGGUACAACCUGACCAACCUGUUUGUGGGGUCGGAGGGCACGCUGGGGCUGCUGACCAAAGCCACCCUGAGGCUGUACGGCGUCCCUGAGGCUGUGGUGUCGGCCGUCUGCUCCUUCCCCUCCGUCCAGGCCGCCGUGGACAGCACGGUCCACAUCCUGCAGGCAGGCGUCCCCAUCGCACGCAUGGAGUUCCUUGACGACGUGAUGAUUGACGCCUGUAACCGCUACAGCGCGCUGUCCUACCCUGUCGCCCCCACACUCUUCCUGGAGUUCCAUGGCAGUGACCGGAGCCUGGAGGAACAGGUGUCCAUCGCAGAGGAGAUGACGCGGGAGAAUGGCGGGUCGGACUUCAGCUGGGCGCGGGACGCAGAGACGCGGGCGCGGCUGUGGAAGGCUCGGCACGAUGCACUCUAUGCCGCCGUGGCACUCCGACCGGGCUGCAAGGCGUACGCCACGGAUGUGUGCGUCCCCAUCUCAAAUCUCCCCCAGAUCGUCGUGGAAACCAAGGAGGACCUGAUCAAGAACCACCUCACAGGUCCGAUUGCAGGCCACGUGGGGGACGGGAACUUCCACUGCCUGAUGGUCAUCGACCCGGACGACCCGGACGAGCUGCAGAGAGUCCACCGCUUCACCGAGAGACUGGCCAGGAGAGCCUUGGCACUGGAUGGGACGUGUACAGGGGAACAUGGGGUAGGUUUGGGGAAACGUGAGCUGCUCAGGGAAGAGAUGGGACCCCUGGCCAUGGAGGUUAUGCAAGGUCUGAAAGCCACUCUGGACCCCAAAAACUUGAUGAACCCUGGGAAGGUGCUGUAGCACUGAACGGCCAGCAGAGGGCGCUGGAGUGGUGAGACUGUCAUUACCAACACAGAGGAACUGAGUGUGCUGUUCCCAACAAUACCACAAGGGGUCAGGAUAUUCUCGGCAAGAUUGUGUUGGAGGUGACCUGAUAACUUUCAAUUGCAUUUUUUUUGUGUUAUGUUUGUGAUUUGACAUUCUUUUAAAUUAUGCUUUGGGAAAUAAAUUGUUAACUUCCUUAAACCAAGCAACAAUGCACUGUCAAUAAAUCCCUUUUAAUUCCCAA